UCUCAAGAAACCACGUGACUUGGAAGGUUUGCUACGAGUCCAUCAUCAGUGUCCUGAAUCAAUGCUGUUGUAGUUUAGACGCGGUCAGACGCGACAUCAGUAUGAGGAAUAAUACCUUCCUUUUUGGGGUUUUAUUACUCGUGAACGGUGUGUUUGGUGUUGAAGCAGAUGAAGUGUCAGUGUCAGUGAUGGAGGGAGAUUCUCUCACUCUAAACACUGAUAUUACUGAAGUACCGAGAGAUAGUAAGAUAAUAUGGAAGUUUGGUGAUGAAAUCAUAGCUAGAAUGAAUGAAGCAGAUGGAAAUCCCUCUACAUAUGAUGGUCCCGGUGCGAUAUUCAAAGACAGACUGAAGCUGGACAGACAGACUGGAUCUCUGACCAUCACAAACAUCAGAACUGAACACAUUGGACAUUAUAGUGUAGACAUCAAGAGUAUAGAUGCAAAACUGAAGACAUUCCAAGUUACUGUCCAUGAUGUUGUGGAGUCACUGUCAGUGAUGGAGGGAGAUUCUGUCACUCUACACACUGGUGUUAAAGUACAGGGAGAUGAUCAGAUACUGUGGGAGUUUGGCGAUCAAGUCAUCAUUAUCGCUCGCUUAAACGGCCCUGAUGAUGCAAAAUGGAGAAACAUUCAUCUGAACGAUCAGACCCGAGACCUCGUCAUCAGCAACAUCCGAAGCGAUCAGACUGGAGUUUAUAAAGUGGAGAUCAACACCAUCAGCAUGGUCUUGCACAGAAAAUUCUAUAUUGCUGUUGGUGGUGGUGUGAAGACAGUAUCAGUGAUGGAGAGAGAUCCUGUCAAUCUGCAUACUGGUGUUAUUGAAAUACGGGGAUAUGAUCUGAUACUGUGGAAGACUGAAGGCAAUCUUGUGGCUGAAAUCAAUAAAGGCAUCAAUCUCUUUGGACCUAGAGACGUAGAUGAUUUGAGAUUCAGUGGCAGACUACAUCUUCAUCGUGAGACAGGAGAUCUCACCAUCAGUGACUCCAAAACCACAGACUCUGGAGAUUAUCAUCUACACAUGAGCAACAGUGCAUACACCUUACAGAGGACCAUCAGAGUUACUGUCAAGACUCCACCUCAGUCUGGUGCUGCAUCAGGGAUAUGUGGUGCUGGUGUUGGUCUGGUGGUUUGGGCUGUAACUGUGUUUUUUGCUACAAGAAGUAUAAGCAACCAAGGCAAAGGUGUUUCAGUGAAUAUAAAGUGAAUCACUCUCAGGAUCAGCAAG